AAGAGGAGAGCAUGUCAUUUAACGGCACUUCCCUCCUUCCCUCAUCCACAACACUUGAUUUAGAAAAAACUGUGUUUUGGGGUCUUUAUGGUUUGUACUUUCAAAAGCAUGAUUGCGGUGAAUAAUGUCGGAUCUCCUGAAGCAGAACCUCCUCUCAGAAGCCGCUGGGUCCUCCUCCUGCUUCUCCUGAUUCUUAUUUACGGUUCCCACGCUCCCCUCAUCUCGCUCACCAAAGUGGACGGUCAGGUUCCCUUCAGCCCGUCGUCAUGUGUGGUUCUGAUCGAGUUGGCCAAGCUUCUGGUCUCAUUCGCCUCCCUGUUGGCAUCUGGGAAUCUUUCCGCCCUCAAAGCGUCAGUGUCUGUGACGACGGUGACGCCGUACGCCGUUCCUGCCGUGCUUUACGCUUUCAACAACAACCUGGUGGUGUUCAUGCAAGCCUACAUGGACCCCAGCUCCUUCCAAGUGCUCAGUAACCUGAAGAUCGUGUCCACCGCUCUCCUUUACACGUCCUGCCUGGGGAAGCGUCUCCGGCGCGGGCAGUGGUUCGCUCUCGGGAUGCUCGUGGGCGCCGGCGUCUCUCACAGCUACUCCGGUUUAGAUCGGGAGCCAUCAGAGGAGGACCAAUCCGCCAGCAGGCUUCAUAUUACAUCCUGGGGUUUGCUGUUGGUGCUUGUGUACUGUUUUAUCUCAGGAUUGGCUGCCGUCUACACCGAGCGGGUGCUGAAAACCCAACGGCUGCCUUUGAGUCUCCAGAAUUUGUUUCUGUACGUCUUCGGCGUGGCCAUCAAUCUGGCGUCGCAUGUGUCCGGCGGCGGGCGGCAGGGCUUUUUAGAGGGAUUCUCCCCUCUCGUUUGGCUCAUUAUCGCGGGACAGGUCGCUAACGGGCUCCUUAUGUCCGUCAUCAUGAAACACGGAACGGGAAUCACGCGGCUUUUCGUCAUAUCUUCUUCUAUGCUGGUAAAUGGUGUGUUGUCUUGGGGGCUUCUGGGAAUACAGCUCACACCUUACUUCCUGUUUCCUGUUGUGCUGAUUGGAUGGGCUGUGUACCUGUAUUACAUGUAGAGCGGACGACACCAACAGAUAAAUAAAUAAAUGGCCUUUACAUUAUCCGUAUACUAAAGCAAAUUGUUGAAAUAUAUAUAUUUUUUUUUUGGGAGAUAUGUAGUUUUAUUAAGUUGACAGCAUAUCUGAGUAACACUUCACACACAUUUUUGUUUUUAAUGUUUCAUUAAUAUCUUGUGCGUUUUGUAAAAAAAUAAUAAUGGGGUGUACUCCACUGAGGACAACCACAAAAGACUUCAUUGCAUUUGCUUUUUUAUCGGUCUUUAUGCAUGAACCACAGCUCUAAUUAUUUAAUUUCCCUCUUCUGUUUAUUAUUAUUAUUAUUAUUUUCUCAACAUGUGCCCUAAAAUAUCUCUGUUGCCUUAGAAGUGCAUCUUACUGUGAAUGGACAUCAUCUCAUGGGGACUGAAUGUGUGCGGAUUUGCUGUUUUUAUUUAUAUGCAUCUGUCAGUAUUUAUUUUGAUUAAAUGUGUUGAAAUGAAUACGACUUGUCCAGCGCUCAUAUUUAAGACUGAUUUAUGCAAAUAAAUGUAUAUGGACUUGGUAACAUA